AAUAAACGUUUUCCAAAGAAACAGUGCUCAACAACUAGACUUUCUGGGCAACAGUUAGAGGCGGUCGUGUAUAUCUUAGGUGUAUCUAAAUAUCCAUUUGUUUCCAGUUACCCGUGCCAUCAUAUUUUUGCCGCCGUAUUUUUGUGCCAUUUCAUUUUCUUUAUUAAUGACUGUCAAGUAUUUAUUCCUCUUUUGAUUUUUUUCUGUUUUUCGGUAGUUUUAUAAUUCGGAAAGACGCGUAAAUUCAUUGUUUUAUAAAAGGACAAUUUAGACAAAAUGAUGCCGGUUUUAUGUUAAACAAUAACAUUCAAACACAAUUCUAACUACAAAAAAUAUAGAAACAAAAAAAAGAAUCCGACUUACCAACCAGAUUAAUAUUGGACAGUAAAAUCGGAAUAUAAUAUACAUUGCUUAAAACUCAUAUUUAAAAUACUUUGUUUGAUGAUUUAGCAUCAGAUUGUAUUGACGAUCCCAACUUCGACUGUGCAAGGAUGAACUCCGUUCUUAAUAUCUGCCAGAGCACACAACAGGCCAAACUUGUAUGUCCAAACUUCUGUGGACUAUGCAACAUUGUUGACGGCCACUGGUCUGAUUGGUCUGUUUGGAGCGGAUGUGACGUCACGUGCGGGAAUGGUGAACAUUCACGUGACCGCACAUGCACCUAUCCAGCUCCAGCACACGGUGGACUAGACUGUACUGGUUUAAACGCUGACAGAAAGACUUGCAAUAACAAUCCAUGUCCAAUACACGGUGGGUGGAGCUUCUGGUCAUCAUGGGGAUCAUGCUCAGUCACAUGCGAUGUCGGAAUGAAGAGGCGUGACAGGUCCUGUUCUAAUCCUUACCCUGGUAUUCAUGGAAACCCCUGCUUCGGCGAUGCCCGAGAUGACGCGAUAUGUAAAAAAAUGCCAUGUGCAAACGGAGGCUGGUCUGAUUGGGAAUCAUGGAGUGCUUGUCCCGUGACAUGUGACGUAGGGCUACGGAGUAGACAACGGUUUUGUAAUAACCCUUUCCCCUCUAUGCUCGGCCAAUACUGCCAAGGCAAAUCCGACGACUACAUUGUUUGCAAUACCAAACCGUGCAAAAGUAGAGUUACUUUUUGA